AUGAUACCAUCCCCGACGAUCAUCGCCAUGGCAAACCUCCUUCAACAAGUCUUUGGAGAAUCUCCAUCUCCACCAACUAAGAUCAAUAUCAACGUGACGACCUCAUCAACCACGCUCCAUAAACACGGUUCCAACAACCCAUUCACACUAACCCUCGAGGCAACUCUUCCCGAAUCCGCAAAUACGCCCACCAAGCCCCUCACCAUCCUCACCUUCGACACCCUCCUAGACCCCAACGGAAAUGCCCUCUACGAAAGCGGCAUAGACUUUAUCAACAGCGACACAGGCGCCCACGCAAAGCGCACAAGCUUGGCCGCACAUCACGGUUUCGGCGGCAAGUCUAACAUCGUUAUCGAUCCCCAGUUCGAGCGAUACUUCGUCACUCUGGAGCCUGGUGUGCCGUACCGAGUGACGCAUACCAUGAGGCCCUGUCCCAAACUUUCACAAGAGAGUGGAUCAAAGUCUGGAGAAGUUAGGACUCCACAGCAGGAAGGUAAUUCAACCGCUGAGGAUGAAGCUGUUAUUGCAGCGGCAUUUUCGCACGUCACGUCACUAGAUGUGAGUUCUACGUAUCGGGUGGGGCUAGGGGAUAAGAUGAAUCAGAUAUCAUGGUAUAGAUAUGGAGUAAAAGAAGAGGUUUUGAAGGGGCAGGGGGCUGGAGGAGGGCUUGUGCAGAGGCUGAUGGGGACCAAAAGGCACCCUGAGCGGGUAGGGGACAGUGAGAUGCAGGCGAUCCCGCUUGUGAUGCAUGGGUCAGCUAGUUUCAGGGUCGAAGAGUAA